AUUUUUCCUGAAUAGAUGCUAUUGGUCUUUCUCUACAUCAUAUAACAAAGUAUCAUGUUUCCAAUGCUCCUUGACAUGCCAGUUGACCAGUGUCAUAAGACUCUACGACGUCUGGAACUGGAGGCUUACAGCAGUGUUGUGUCAGCCCUUCGAGCACAAGGUGCAUUCACAAAAAGGAAGAGAAAGAUUCUCAGACUGCUUGGGAAGCAGUGUAUCAUCUCAGUUGAAAGACAGAAGGCAGAAAUAAGAAGAGCUGCAAAUGAUGAAGUGCUUGAAACCAUUGCCCACAAGAUCUAUGGGCCAAACACAGGUGAAGCUUGGAUAACAGCAGGCCGGAGGUAUGUUCCUCUCAUACCAAGGCUUAUACCAAGGACAAAAUGGACAGCACUGGCAGACUAUUAUGCUGGAAAAUAUUCAGACACAAAUGCAAGCCUCCCAGAACCGAGUCAAACAAUGACACCAAAAAGAGUGUCUAAAGAAACUGUGGCCACAGGAACAUCAGUUCCUAUGGUGGCUGCUGGAACCACUAAGCCUGGAAAAUCCCAAGCUCUGGGAAGACAACCAAGAAAGGACAUUGUGAAAGAGAUUGGGCAAGUCAGGCCUGGUGGAGAUGUACAAAUAGUUGAAUUGGAGGCAAUGGAGAAAGGUGAAGAAGUUGAGCUGGAGAGCUUUGAUGAGAGCAAAGAGGAGGAUGAACAAAUUCAGCUUGACUCAGGAGAUGAGAGAGAUCAUGAAGAUGGUGAGAAGGAAUUGAAGGAAGAUCUUGAGGAAGCAGAAGACAUGAACCAUCCCAGAGCUCAAGAUCCUUUGACCAGCACAAAACUGAUCUGUCAACCUGCUUCACCACCACUGUCAACCUAUGUUGCUGCACAAUCACUUGUAUGCCCACCAAGUCCAGGUAGCAAUGUAACUGUGUGUGGAGAUGAAGACAGGACCACAAAAGGAGCCAUACCAAUUCCUGAUUGGACUGAGAUACAUCGUGGUGAGAGUCAGAAGAGGAAGAGGCAUGUCACUUUCAAUCUCCCUCCAGAGAAAUACUCCAAGGUGGAGGCAGCUUCAAAGGCAGCAAGACCCACAUCUAUACCUAUUUCUUCUCACUCAGCUCACAAGCUUCAGAAAACAGCAGUCCUGACAUCCACUGAUUCCAGUUGUGGCUUGAAAUCCAAGGUUCCAACGAUAAUCAACUUUACACCCCGGACAGUUCAGCCAUUGAAGGUGGUAUCCACUGCACCUGCUGGUAGAGCACAGCCACUCAACAAAACUAAUGUCAUCUUGGUGCAGAAGACUGGUGCAAGAGCAAAACCUGAGCAUGCUGUAGGAAAUGUGAUUGGGAGACCUGGGGCACGCAGUGUGGCAUCAUCAAUGUCUUUGGUUAAUUCCAUGGGCUCAUCACCCUCCGUCCCCUCUGGUGCAGCUCCUCCCAUUUCCACUACUUCAAGUAAUGUGAUUGUACUAGACUUGACUCAAGAGAAUGUGAAGAACAAUCCCUUCCUUGCUGAUAUUCUCCAGUCUUCUCUAUCUGGCAUGAAAUCAGAAAAUGAUGAGACAGCAAUUUCAACAAGCUCUGGUCACCUUGUGGCAUCCACCUCUACAGUGGAGGAAAUUCCUGUCAUCACUGGAACUUCCACAUCUACUGACCUGAGUGAAUGCCAUUGGUCGUUCUAUCCCAAUUCAUCCAAUGCUCAUGAAACGCAGGUGAUAGAACUGUCUUCUUCAGCACAGACCAUCCCCUUGGGAAGUCAAGCCAUCCCCAUUAGCAUGUUGGAGGCUGUGAUAGAAGCCAUGAGUAAAGGAAAUGCCAUCCCAGAAGGAUCAACUGCUGAGGUUCUCACUCCUGUCACAGACAUUGAAGGUGAAUCUACUCAAGGUUUGAAAAUUUUGACUAUACCUGUCAGUGAGGGGAUGUCAUGGUCAAGUGACAGCAGCUCUCCCAUCAUAAUGGACCCAAAAACUGUGGUCAAGAUAGUGGCUGAGAAUCAAGGCAAGGGUUUGACACCUUCUAUAGGUCCACCUUUUGGCACUCCUAGGAUUGUAGGUGGGCAACAAAACAGAGCCUCUUCAAUCAAACCUCCACCAUUGAAAUUCUGUGUGGUGACCCCUAUCAAGCCUGUCACUGUCACCAUUCCAAAGAAUGACAACUCUCCCUGUCCCUCAAACCAUUCCUCCCCAUCCUCAAUCACUGUUGUAAACCAGCAUGGUAGAACAUUCCCUUCUGGCUCCAGCAUGAAUCUCUCAACUUCUGUUGAACCUCCUCACAAGCGAAAUACAUCAUCUGUCAUCCUUGGUCCAAAUGCCCUCCAUGCAUCUGCCCCUGUUUUUGGUCCCCAAAAUUGCAGAGCUGCCUCUUUGAACUUUUCAAUGCAAGUUCCAUCUCCCUCCCCAUAA